AGACAAAGGCUUGGAAGCCACCCUCUAUACGCCCACAUCAUCUUCUUCUUCUUCUUCUUCUUCUUCUUCUUCUUCUCAGACAACACUCUCGCUCUCUCUCUCUCUCUCUCUCUCUCUCUCUCAUCUUUUGUCCGUUCGUAUGGCUCGUCCCUUCCGCUUCCUCGGCUCCGCCGACUCGCCGGAGAGCACCGCCGCAGACUCCUCCGAGCCCGUCGCCGGCGACUCCGACUUCGUCGCCAUACUGGCCGCCCUCCUCUGCGCGCUCAUAUGCGUCCUCGGCCUCGUGGCCGUGGCCCGCUGUGCCUGGCUUCGCCGCUUCUCCUCCUCCUCCGGCGCCGCAGCCUCAGGCACAGCGCAGCCGCCUCCCUCCAAGGCCAACAAGGGGCUCAAGAAGAAAAUCCUCCGCUCCCUCCCGAAGCUCACCUGCACGCCGGAGUCCGCCGCGAGGUUCUCCGACUGCGCGAUCUGCCUCGCGGAAUUCGCGGCCGGGGAAGAGAUCCGAGUGCUCCCGCACUGCGGCCACGCCUUCCACGUGGCGUGCAUCGACAAGUGGCUCGGAUCUCACUCCUCGUGUCCCUCGUGCCGCCGGAUCCUCGUCUCCUCCAGCCGCUGCGACAAGUGCGGUGGCAACUUCCCCACCAGCUCAAGCUCCGCCUCCACUUCCGCCACCUGCUCCGGAGCUGAUGCCGAGGCCAGAUUGAAGCGGAGAGAAGACGACGCCAAUAGGUUCCUCCCCUAAUAAGCUAAUAACACAAGCCCUUACUCCUCUCUCUCUCUGAAGAUCAUCUCUUCCUGCAUAUAUACUACCAAAUCAAAAUUAUUCUUGCCGGUCAUGGUAGGGAUAGGCUAGGGUUUCACAGGACUUUUAGGGAUUUUAGGGGAUCGCAAUAUCGAAUCGAGCUUGGCUCGACCUCGGAAGUUCAUCCAGUUCUUGGUUGGCGUAUAACGGGAUGGAUUAUCAUAGCAAAAAUAUAUAUAUAUAUAUAUAUAUAUACACAUAGGAAAUUUAUUGGAAAAAUAUUAGAUAUAUUCUUGCAAUUUUUAUUUAUUAGUCGAAAUUCAAAUUAUAAAAUACUUUGGAAAAUUGAGUUUAUUUGCGCAAAAAAAUUGAUAAUGAAAUAUAAGUAAAUAAAUGAAUAUGGAGGGAAGAAGGCUGUGGGCUCCCAUGUUGAUGGAGAUGGAGGCGUGGGUCCCACAUUUAAAGCAGUUGAAGUUAGUCCAUCCAAUGUGUAGUUUAGUUGCCAAUUCCGUUUUCCAUUUCCAGCAGCCCUUGAAUUUAAUUCGAGAUACUAUCUUUUUUGGGGCAAACAUUCGAUUUCUUUUUAUUUUUUUCCGAUUAUCGGUUGUGAGGGAGGUCCAUUGCAAUGAAAUGUGGAUGCAGGAUAGUUUUACGUUUA